AUGGCUAAAAUCGAUGUUUUCACUGUAAAGGCGUUGGAGUUGACAGCUCCUGCAGCUUGCAAAGUGGACGCGAGAAAGGCUAAAGGUCUCAUACUUAGCGGUGAAGCUUUUUCCGACUUUACUGAGACCGAAAGAAACAAUAUCUGGCACAGGAUGGCAACACAUGACGCGUGCAAUGGUAUAAUCCCAUCUCUCCACACUUUUUUUCGUGAUAUCAAUUAUUUGGAAGCCUGCGCAAAUGGCAUCAAGCAGUUGGUCAAGUUGGGAAAAGGCUACCCGACUGUGCGAGCGGCUAUGAAACAAGCUUUCAAGUCGGAUAGGUCCCAGAUAACAUGCCCUGUGCAGACAUCCGAGACGGCAUUCCGGAGCCACGCAGGCCCAAGUUCGGAUUUUUUCGAACUCUCGUAUCGACAAAUCUGGCUUUUUGUCAUGCGACAUUACCCACAGAUGGCAAGGGAGGCGACUAGCAAGAAGGUUGUUGCAAAAACCAACAGCGGCAAAGCGGAUGAGGUUGUACUCUAUAGCAUGGCUGUUCUAUCACAGAAGCUGGGAUUCCACUCGAAGCCCGCGAGUGACUUAUUGAACCGUCCUCCGGAUCGGCAGAUUGCUCGUGAGGCACUCUUGAAGGCUCGUAAGCCUGGUAGCUACCGUUAUAAUCGUGAUACAUUUGAAUCAUUGAUUGACCGAGUUGUGGAGUGUUUCACUUCGGCUGUUGCUGACGAAACCGUCCCAUCAGCUGACAUUCUGCGAGGUGGGAAGCUAACGCCGCAUUUACGUUGUGGACUACCACGUCAAGAUUCGCAGUUGCUAGAUCGACCUCUACUAUUCAUGGACCCGAUGCAUGUAAAAGAAACAUCAAGUUCGAACUCAGUCUCUUCAUUCUACGUGAGACAGAGUGUGUACUUUGCCUUCUUUGGCAAGCCUCUUGAACUUCAAACCUGUGACCCAGUAGACACUUCAAAAUCCCCUCUGUUCGUCCCAAUGAGUGAUGCAUCAAAAACCACCGUGCCGUUAGACGUUUCUUUGUAUAGGAAAUCACGCCGAGAUAAACGCCGAGAUAAACGCCGAGAGCGAGCGCGCCAACAAGGCGGCGGAGCGAGACAUAAAGAACAAGGGCGAAGAACUUCCAAAUACAAAGCUACGCUCGGUUUAGACAAUCCUUUAGGUCCUGUGGAAGCCAAUGAGGAUAUAGCCACACUGGAGUCGGUCCAUCGUACUCCUGAAGAUGAGUACAUGUCUUCGAUCAGCUCUUCCAGCGAUGUUGAGGCUGGCAACAGCAACGACUUUGAGAUGCAAGAUUAUCCCGACGUCCAUGAGCUCAGAAACAGUUCCCAAACCGGCCUUGAGAACUUUCCAGAUGCCGAAUUCGAAAAGCAAGACGGGCAAGAGUCUCAAGAGCCGCAAAGUGAUCAGGGCCUAAUCCCCCAAACUAAAAGUAUACUUGAGUCGGAGGAUACAGAGUACGAACCGUCUCUUCUGAGCAACCCAGGAACACCAAACUGGCAUGAGGAGGAUAUUUCAGAGAUCAUACCACCACUAGAAAUAGGUCCUCAGCAGUCAAAUCAAGCCCAGUCUCCCCCAAGCGACAACGGCUUUUACUUGGAAGAACAGGAACUAUCUUCCAUUGUGGAAGUUCUGGCAGAAGAGACGCAAGACGAGACCGAAUCGGUAAUUAGACUUAGCCAACCGGGCCCUGUCAUUUUAGAGCAAAUAACGGAAGGAGGAUUGAAUGCCGAAGACGGAGUACGAAAGGCACUCCAGGAACUGGAGCAAGCAGCAGAGAUACGAGCUUCAGCUGCUGAUUCGGCGCAAGUAUACCCAGAAGAGCAGCCUGCCUCCUCAUCAAUGAUUAAGCAGACUUCCACGUCAGACCCCGAGCAACCAGCAUUGACCCAAAACAUGAAUUUCAUGCCCCCAAAAGCUGUUUCUGAUAACCAAAUAUCCAUGCCAGAAUUUGAUUCAGCUCAGAUCAUUGCGCAACGUCGUAUGGAGCAGACUACCAGAGCAACAAAGGCCCUCACUCGAUUUGGGUUCGCCGACGUGAUGUUGCUCAACGCACCAAAUGACAACAGCGAUUUAAGCCAGACAGAACCAUAUGAUCCUCAAAUAGGUCUACAGCAAGAAUUUCCAUCAAUUAUUGAGCCACGCGCGUCCUCGGAUGAUAACGAGAAUAGGAAAAAGAAAUCACGUCGGCAUGGAGGUGAUUUUGCUGGGACCGUUCACUCAACCCCAAUCAUAGGUGAUAUAAUGACACAGACUUUACCGGAAGCAGCUGAUCAACGCCAAGUUACUUUUCCCAGCGCAUUGACGAUCACAUUUAAAGCUUACGAGAAAGGGCUGUGGCGUGUAACGGACAGAAUCCAGAUGAACCAAGAUUCAUCAGAGGCAGAACGUGUAGCGAUGAAGUAUGCUCGCAUGAAUAACAAACAUGCGCGGUUCUACCGAUUCCAUAACAAUAAAUUAAGUCUGAUUAGCGUCGCGGAGUGUGUUCGGGCCGCAAUGUCUGAUGGGUCUAAUACUGUCCUCAUGAGCCUUCAUAACCUCGAGAUAGAGCCGGAGAUAGUCACCGAGGUGGCUAAGAUGCUCAAAGCAGACAGAGAAAGCAGAGAAGACCAAUUCAUUGAAUAA